AUGGAUCUUGGUUUUGUGUUCUUUGAAGAAGAUAAAGAUUCAAUUCUUGUGGAAAUCAUUCUCGGAUUGCAAAGAUUGGGCGGGAAAAUGGAUGGAAAAGGGCAAGAAGAGGCAGGGAAUGUCAAUAAUCUUCAGUUCCAAGGCCUUAUCUUUCGGAAGCGUGGGAAAUGGAAAGAGGGUUUGCAGUUUGGCAACAAGCUAUACAACAGAGCCCUUAGAGGUCGAUGUCAAGAUGAGUUGAACUGCCUGCUGCCGCCACUUGCCCUGUUGCUACCUCCUCCAAGUCAGUUUAUUAAUCAAGCUUUUGAUCAUGGUCUAGCAGUUCCUGAUGGAGAUAUGGUUGAGAAAGCUAGCAAGCUUUGCAUUGUAGCUCGAGGGGGUAUCAAAAGGCUCAUUCGACCUUCUGAUUCCCAAAGUCAAGAUCUGAAUCAUAGAAAGCUGAACCUGGUCGAUUGCUCAGUGGGUGGACAAACUGCUGGAAUAGCCCAAGGUCAAUUGGCUAUGCACAAACUCAUCAGAUGGUAA